AGAAUACAGAAGUGAAAUCAGCUCUGUGGGUUUUAACUGCCGCUGCAGAAAGGACUUCUCGAGCAUGAAAAUAAACUCAUCCCACGUGAAAAUUCUGCUGUGCAUUGCAUUCACCAGCCACAUGCCUGAGGGCCGUGUAUUGUACAAAGUGCGAGGGAUCCUCUGAAAGACGCACACACCAAUCCUGGCAACUGCAGCUGGACGCCUCCUCCCGUAACCACGUUCAGGAAGUGGUGAGGCUGCUGACGAGCUGAACACAGCUGAAGGUCUGAGCGUUAGAGCUUCCCUGCCUGCUUCCUUCAUACAAAAGAAAUUGAAUUGCGCAGUGCAGCGGUGGCGUCCCUGUAUAGUUUGAGUUGAAACAAGCACAUCUGAAGCAAGAUAUGGGAAGUGCACCGCGCAUUUUAAGCCAAGACAACACCCUUUGGCACGUGACGGCCACUUUUACACUAUGUGUUGGCCUUGUAAGCACAGGCAUACUGGACAGUGUCAACACAGAACUAGGAUUCAGUCACUAUGCAGAGAAACCAUGUCCUUGGCUACCUCUCUUUCUCGUAAUGCCUUUUAACGCUCUUGUUAAUCUAGGCUACAUAAUUCUGGGAAUGUACUGGCUUUGCCAAAGGGACAGGAAAAUUGGAAUAAAAGAUGCAACUGGCCACUACAUGAAGAAUGUCUUCUCCUGGAUGGCCAUUCUAUAUGGUCCGGUUCAGUGGGUCCGAAUAUCGACACAGUCACACUGGGCUGCCGUUCUCGAUCAGUGGUUCACUUUGCCCAUUUUUGCUUGGGCGGGCAUAUGGUGCAACGCUAUUUUGAAAAAAUGGACAACUAAGCAUUUCCUUAUCUCAGAAGCCAUAUCACUGAGCAGCUACUUUGUGUGUCUUCUGCACCCGCAAGGAUUUGAGAUGGUGCUCUCCCUACACAUCUUAUGGGCAGUUGUGUCUGGCGUAAGAUUACAGAAACAAUAUGGAGAUGCCUCUUCUCACAAAUACGUCAUUCUUGCCCUGGCAUCUUGUCUGGGAUUCGUAUGUCUAAAACUUUUUGAUAAGUGGUUGGCUCAGUAUUUUGUGUUUCAGAUGCUCACCGGACACUUCUGGUCUAAAGUUUGUGAUAUCUUACAGUUUCAUUAUACUUUCCGCUUCCUUACACAUCUUGACCGUUUUAGAAUUUUCAGGAAAAAAGAAUGAAAAAGUUAAACACAAUAAUUCAAUUACUUAUAUUCUGUAUUUGUAUGUCCACUAUAUAAUUAAUCUGUACCGCUUGU